AUGGCAAAGUCAAUGUCUCAUGAUGUUUUACCUUCACCCAUGGAGUUGUCAGAAACAUCCCACAGUGAACAGCAUCAGGAAAUGCAGGAGAGAUACCAGCCUCUGAAAGUGUAUCUGAGAGUGCGACCUUUUUCAAAGGCAGAACUUGAAAAUGAUGAAAACCAGGGUUGUUUAAUUAUUGAAAAUGAAGAGACAGUAACUUUUCAAGCACCUAAAGAAUCAGCUGCAAUGAGGAACAGUGACAAAGGGAUUGGACAAUCUGCACACCAGUUCACUUUCACACAAGUUUUUGGACCAGAUACUUCUCAACAUGAUUUUUUUGAAGGUACCAUGAGCGAGAUAGUAAAAGCUUACAUUGAUGGGAUGAAUGGACUUGUGUUCGCCUACGGUGUUACAAAUUCGGGCAAAAGUUUCACCAUGCAAGGUUGUCCAAAAGAUGGUGGCAUCCUUCCUCGUUCUCUUGACAUGAUCUUUAACCAUAUCAAAGGAAGACAAUAUACAAAGAUGAACUUAAAACCGUGCUUCAGUAAUACGAUCAAAGAGCUCAAUGAUAUUCAGGUGAAGCAAGAAGAAUCCAUAAAAGCUGUACUUUUUGCUUCUUUGAAAGAGGAGGCAGAAAGUACUUGGCAGACUUUGGAUGCAUCUGACAUGACUUCUGGUAGCUGUAAUUCACCAGCUUUUGCUUCAGACCUUUUAGGCCCAAAAUUUGUGGGUGCUCAGCACUUGGACAAGUGUCAGAGAACCCUGGCAUCUGUAUGGGUUUCGUUUUUUGAAAUCUACAAUGAAUAUAUUUAUGAUCUACUGGAUGUAUUGCCAGCAUUGAAAAGUCAGAAGCGCAAAAUUUUAAGGAUUUGUGAAGAUCAGGGAGGAAAUUCCUAUAUUAAAGACCUAAAGUGGAUCAACAUAAAGAAUCCUGAUGAGGCUUGUAAAAUACUUAAAAUAGGAAAUAAGAACAAAAGCUUGGCAUGUACUCGGAUGAAUCAGCAAUCGAGCAGAAGUCAUAGCAUAUUUUCUAUCCGACUGCUCAGCUUGAGUGAUGAGGAUGUGCCAAAUAUUCUUGGAGUCUCUGAACUUUCUCUUUGUGACUUGGCUGGGUCAGAACGAUGUCAUAAAACCCAAACCUUUGGAGACAGACUUAAAGAAGCAGGGAAUAUUAAUAAUUCUCUUCUCAUUCUUGGAAAGUGCAUUGCAGCUCUGAAACAAAAUCAGAAUCCAAAAUUAAGGGCAGCAUAUAUUCCCUUCCGAGAGAGUAAAUUGACACGCUUAUUUCAACCCUUCUUCUGCGGUAAAGGCAAAGCUUGCAUGAUUGUCAACAUUAACCAGUGCGCCUCCACAUACGAUGAGACGCUGAAUGUAAUGAAAUUCUCUGCUAUUGCCAAACAAGUUAUUCAGACAUUUCAACACAAAAUGUUUGAUUAUUUCCCCAAAAAGCAUUUUGGGAGGGAGGGGAAUUCUGCAGUACACUUUGACGACAUAGCUAGUGAGCAGCUGCCAGAAGAUACGGGCAUAUCCUUCUUUGAAGCAGAAGAAGAAAUAGAUAUUACUAUUCUGAGCCAUGAGGACCUAUUGAAAACGACAGAGAUCUUAAAAGAUAAACUGAUUGCAGAAAGACAGAGUAAACUACAACUUGAAGUGCAAAUACGCAAAGAGAUGGCUGAAGCAAUGUUUCAACAACUGAUGGAAACAGAAAAAGCAUGGAGUAAACGCUUAGAAGAUCUGAAAGAAUGUUAUGAAGAAAAACUGGAAAGUAAAUUUGAAAUGUACAAGGAGGCCAUAAAGAAGCAUGCGUAUAUGUCUGCAAUGCAGCAAAUUGAGGAACAUUAUGUUCCAAUAGAAGAGUUUCUAGCUGAACAAGCCAAAGUUGAGGACAGAGACAUGAGAAUAAUGCAGAUGGAACUAAAACUUGGAGAACAAAAGUGUUUGCCUUCCAAAAAUCCUAAAUCAAACACUACAGAAGGAGAAUUUAAUUCAGAUAUUAAAUCCAAGGCAAUGCAGAGAGCUUUGGAGGUUUUACAGAAGCAGUGUGAAGAAAAGGAUGAGUUAAUUAAAUCACUGAAGUUGAAAAUACAAAAAUCAAAUGAAAUGUUGCAAGAAGCAAACACUGCCUACAGAAAAGCAGGAGAGGAGAAUAAUAGCUUGAAGCAGAAGUUAAUCCUUAAGGAACUAGAAGUAAAAGGCCUCAAAAACUGGGCUGAACGUGGCCAUGAGCUUGAAGCUACAGUGACUCGCCUGCAGGAACAAGUAGAAGAACACAAGAGAUGCCUAAACACAGAAGAUCUUAAGUACCGGAAAGUCAAGAAAGGCUUCUUUGCCAAUCUGAAAUAAACCACUACUGAUGUUCCUAACACAUUCAGAAGUAAAGAUCCAGGGAAAUCUGAGAGUUCACCUCCUGCUUUAUACAAACUGAUAUCAACUCAUAAAAUAAAGAAUUAAAUUGAUUAUUUUUGGAUAUGUUAAUAUAGCUACUUAAUUAACCAAGGCACUGGACUGACUUGUCUAUCACAGCUUGUUUUCCAAAGGUGCAAACAUAAAAAGACAAUUUAAAUGUCUGUAAUGUGAAGGGAAAUAAGUUCAGCCAAAUUAGCAUGGCCACUGAUUGUUAAGGAGUACAGAGCCCUAGAUUACUCCGACAGGGAUAUUCUUUUCUGCUUCACAGUGCUUGAUGAUGACAACAUUAAGACCACUUUUUAAUGAACCUUUGUUGACUUGUUAUUUUUGCACUCACCCACAUUCUGGAAAUUUUGACUGUUAAGAAUGCAGAUGACUAGUCAAAUAAUGAAAAUGCAUGUUUUGGGUUGUAACGAAGUUGCAAAAAUGUAUGCAAGUGUGUUGCUCAAUUCUGAAACUAAAAUGCUUUCUUUGAGAAUGAAUUGACUGGAAAUAUUCAGACCAGCUAUUUCAUAUAUUUUUAAAUAAAAUUGUUUUCUAAUA